CGCCGCAUCUCCCAGUCCUCCCGGGCCGGUCCUUCGGUUCCGGCCACCCGCGGGAGCCGCCCGGCUCUCCCCCAGCAGCGGCGGCGGCGGCCAUUCGGGGAAGCGCAGGUCAGCAAGCCAAGGCCACCUCGGCAGGCGCUGCAGGCGCUGAGGAUGCUGCUGCCCCCGAGGAUGCUGCUCUUCCCGAGGCUGCUGCUGCUCGGGCUCCUGGCUGGAGCGGGGCGAGCCGCCCCGGCCCCCUCCACUCUGCCCAUGAGCGCCUCUCCCUUCCCCAUGGUCCCCUCCCCCGCAUUCCAUGGCCAGCGGGAAGGGCCCCUGGCCGCCCUCACCUUUCCGCAGGAGGAAGCCACCCUCGACGAGAUGUUCCGUGAGGUGGAGGAAUUGAUGGAAGACACGCAGCACAAGCUGCAGAGCGCCGUGGAUGAGAUGAAAGCAGAGGAGGAAGCCACGAAAGCUUCAUCAGAAGUCAUCCUGCAAGAGCUGCCUCCCAAUUUCCACAAUGACUCUCACAGUGAAAUCAAGGUUGGAAACAAAACCAUCUACAGGCACCAGGAAAUUGACAAGGUAACCAACAAUCAAACUGGACAAACAGUUGUUUCAGAGACCAUUAUUACCACUAUAAAGGAUGAAGAGAAAAGGAAUCAUGAGUGUAUCAUCGAUGAGGACUGUGGAAUGGGCAAAUAUUGCCAGUUUUCCAGUUUUGAAUAUACUUGUGAACUCUGUAAGAGCCAACAAAUGAGCUGCUCAAGAGAUAGUGAAUGCUGCGGGGACCAGCUCUGUGUCUGGGGUCAUUGUGUAAAAACUGCUUCAAAGGGUAGUAACGGGACCAUCUGUGACAACCAGCAAGGCUGCCAGCCGGGCCUAUGCUGCGCUUUUCAGAAAGGGCUGCUGUUUCCUGUGUGCACACCAUUGCCGGUGGAGGGAGAACCCUGCCACGACCCUUCUAAUAGACUCCUGGAUCUAAUCACAUGGGAGCUGGAGCCUGAUGGGGCGCUAGACCGAUGCCCAUGUGCCACUGGUUUAAUCUGCCAGCCACACAGGCACAGCUUGGUGUAUGUGUGUGAACUCUCCUUCAAUAGAACAAGGCAUGAAGACAAAGAGCAUGCAAUGACAAAUGAGGGCCUUCUAUUCAGCUUGCUGCCUGGAGACAUCACUGAGGACCAGGAAGAGGAUGGAGAUCUUGUUCAGGAAGUCCGUAGGGAACUGGAAAACCUGGAGAGAGGCCUUUCCGAAAUCUCUCUAGAUGAGCCUGCUGUGACCUCUGAUCUGUUUUACGUGGAUGAGAUUUGAAUCGACAAGGACAGCUUUGUAAUCUAGUCUUUUUACAACUGUAAUUGGUGUAUAUUGUCUUGCUUGUAUAGGCCCCAAACACAUUCACUGUUGGAUAGAAGUGCAAUUCAAUAAGUAAUAUAUUUUAAGAGGGGAUAUUCUUUAUGCAUGUUCAGAUGAGGUUUCUUUUUCAGUGUGUUUUCAGUUAAUUUACACAUCUGGACCAAAAAUAGGUUGCA